GUAAGUUUCUUAUGUGGAACAUAGUUUUGGAAUUAUGUAUUAGUGGAACUACAUUCAACAUUCUCAGUGCAGUUUUCCAUGAAAACCCAUCAUGACAAACCACUCCUCUUUGGACAACACUAUGACAUUCACUUCAUAUGGACUCUUUCGCCCAAUCAAUUACUUUUUUUUCACUCUCACUUUUCUUGCCCACAUUCUCUCAAUUUUUUGUAAUGUUCUUCUGAUGCUGCUUAUCUACUUUGAUUCCAGCCUGCACAAACCCAUGUACUUUUUUUUAUUUAACUUGGCAGUAAAUGGACUGAUAGGGGGCUUUGCCAUUUGGCCAAAAAUCAUGGAAAACCUUCUUUCAGAGACGCAAAAUAUCUCUUUCCUAGCGUGUGUAGUUCAGCUAUUUUGGGCAUAUUUCUACUUGGGUACUGCUUAUACCACUUUCUCGGUCAUGGCCUACGACCGAUACGUCUCUAUUUGCAAGCCGUUGCAGUACCACAGCAUCAUGACCCCUGGAAAAGUGAAAACACUGCUGACUGCGGCCAACAUUGUCCCUCUCUGCUGUGUUUCUAUUAUGCCGUACCUCAUAUCCACAAUGCCGCUGUGCAGGUACACCAUUAAGAACCUGUUCUGUGAUGUCAUGACAUUCCUUAAUAUCGCCUGUGUGAAAAGUGCUCUGGUUAAUCUGUAUGGCGUAGGCUUGGUCACAAGCUUAGUAGUUUCCCCUUGUAUUAUUGUCCUGCUCUCAUAUGCAGUGAUUCUCAAUGUGAGUCUGAAAGCCUCAAAAGAUGCACAAAAGAAAGCACUCAGCACAUGCUCUCCUCAUUUAAUCACCUUUGUUAAUUUUGCACUGGCCAUUCUUUUCUUUGCAGUUUAUUACAGAUACAAUUCAUCUCUUCCAGGGGAGGUUUCUAUAUUAAUUACUGUAGAUGUUUUUCUGAUUCCCCCUCUGUUAAAUCCAAUCAUAUAUGGGAUCAGAACGAAGGAGAUCAGGAAAUGCUUUGUAAAAACAGUGAGGAAAAGGGAGAGAUUUUUAAGAUUUUUACUGUGAAGGUCAGGUCAGGCAAACACCAUUCUUAAAAUAAAUCGCAGAUGCCAAGAUAAAGUUGGAGAAAAAAGCAUUGUAUUUGAUGAGAUGAAUAAAUAUAAAGUGAUUCAUACUGAUUCCAAGCCAGACAAUCUGCAACACCCUGCUAUUUGGCAGUGCAGCUUUGUCCACAAAAGAGGAAAGUUCCCAGUGAACAAGAUGAUCAGGCUUUGCAGAUGCCUCAGAAUGUACGGCCAGAGUUCUACCAGAUUCUAUGCUUUACAAAAUACAAUUUUCAUAUUACAGUGACCAUUGCAAAAAAAAAAAGAA